CUACGUUAGUUUUUCCGCCGGGUUUAUUCUGUCAAGCUGCUCAUAUCUGAAAAUACAAUUUGUGUGAGCUUUUGGACCAAAUGACAGCAAUUGUUUUAUCUCGCUGCAUGCAGUUAAAUCGCUAAAUGAUGGGAGAGAGAGUGUGUGUGGUGGUGGUGUGAUCCUGUGUGUCUCUGUGCCAUGGAAAAGCCGUGGAGGCUGUGGGGCUCGGUGGAGCGCUGUGCCCUGGCCUUGGCUUCCUGGUCCUGGGGUGCUUGUCGCAUCUCUCUCCUGGCCCUCAUCCUCACCUUCCACCUCUAUGGAGGCUUCUUUCUCCUGGCUCUCAUCCUGGCCUCGGUGGCCGCCAUCCUCUACAAGUUCCAGGACGUGCUGCUCUACUUCCCCGACCAGCCCUCCUCCUCCCGGCUCUAUGUGGCCAUGCCAACAGGCAUCCCCCAUGAGAACGUCUACAUCCGCACCAAGGACGGCGUGCGCCUCAACCUUAUUCUGCUCCGCUACACCGGCGGAGACAGCCUUGAUAACCCCGGGGUCGCCCCCAUCAACGCAUCUAACCCUGCCUCCACGGCACCGCCCACGAUCCUUUAUUUCCACGGCAACGCGGGCAACAUCGGGCACCGGGUGCCCAACGCUCUGCUGAUGCUGGUGAACCUGAAGGCCAACGUGGUGCUGGUGGACUACCGGGGGUAUGGGAAGAGCGAGGGCGAGCCCAGUGAGGACGGCCUGUACCUGGACGCCCAGGCCACGCUGGACUACGUGAUGACCCGGCCUGACCUGGACAAGACCAAGGUGAUGGUGUUUGGCCGCUCUCUGGGGGGCGCGGUGGCGGUUCGCCUGGCCUCGGCAAACCCUCAUCGCGUGGCGGCCAUCGUGGUGGAGAACACCUUCCUCAGCAUCCCCCACAUGGCUGCCACGCUUUUCUCCUUCCUGCCCAUGAGGCUGCUGCCCCUGUGGUUCUACCGGAACCAGUUCCUGUCCUACAGACAGGUGGCGCUGUGCCGGAUGCCCUCGCUGUUCGUGUCGGGCCUAUCAGACCAGCUCAUCCCGCCCGUCAUGAUGAAGCAACUUUACGAGCUGUCGCCGGCACGGACUAAACGUCUGGCCAUCUUCUCUGAGGGCACGCACAACGACACAUGGCAGUGCCAGGGCUACUUCGCCGCCCUGGAACAGUUUGUCAAGGACCUGAUGAAUAGCCACACCCGCGAGGAGAGCGUCCAGUCCACAGCCAGCGUCACAAUCAUCUAGUCUAGAGAGAGGAAGAGUCUAGAGAAAACCCUACAGUCCAUACUCCCUACGCACUUGUGUAGAUCUAAACCAUUGAUUAGGUGUAAUAAGCAAUAUGGCUAAGGAAAGGUGAAGCAAACCACUACCAUAUUGCUUAUACCUGUCUAGUUCUUUCUGAUCUACUUGAAGUGUCUAUGGUAGGGUAGCAGUAACUAGGCUGAGCUACUAGGGUCAGGUUGGAGAGAAAGUUCAUUUCUACACUUUUGGUUUUAUCAUGGUCUUUUUCCAUAGUAACUGUACCAUAUCAAACAUUUGGGGAGUACUUUAGGUGUGGGGGGUGUUUGGGGUUGAUGGAUGAUUAACAUGGAAAUGUCUUCAUAAGUCUAUUUGUGUGUGAAAUAUGACUGCAGUGGGUGAACAUGUACUUGUUAUAGCCUUUUUUGAAUAGAUUACAAACCAUACACAACUAUGAUCAUCCUGCCAAACAAAACCACACUUUUAAAAACACUUUUAAAAGAAAAGAAACUACUGGAGGCAAAGCUGCAGCUGAACCUCCAGAAUUCAAUGACAAUGUUUAGCUAACAUAAUAGCAUUUCAUUAAAUCAGUAAGACAUUUUUGACUAAUAUUAUAGUGUUUCAGUAAUUCAAUAAAAAAGUUUUUAUUUUAA